AUGUCAAAACUAGCACUCUUGCUUUUGUUCCUCUUUGUAUUCUCUGCAUUUGCCAAUGUUGAGGAAGAUAGUAAACAAGGAAAAAUAAGAGUCCUUGCCAUUGAUGGUGGCGGUAUUCAAGGAAUUGUCGCUGGAGUUAUUCUUAAACAGCUUGAAGUUGCUCUUCAGAUAAGGGACCCAAGUGCAAGAAUAGCAGAAUAUUUUGAUGUGGUUGCUGGGACCAGCACUGGAGGGAUUAUAACUGCAAUUCUCACUGCCCCUGACCCUCAAAACAAGGAUCGUCCUCUCUAUGCUGCUAAUGAAAUUGUCCAGUUCUACAGACAACAUGGCCCUUCCAUCUUCACUAAAUCCACGGACUGCUCAAUCCCUGGUUUCUGGUGUCCGAAGUUCAACGGGACGUAUUUGCGAAAUAUAGUGACCGAGAAAUUGGACGAAACGCUUCUAAACCAGACAACCACAAAUGUUGUCAUUUCUUCCUUCGACGUCAAGCUUCUGCAGCCAACUAUAUUCUCAAGCUUCAAGGUUUAUAUUACAUGA